AUGACUGCUCUUUCUUCAGAGAACUGCUCUUUUCAGUACCAGUUACAUCAAGCAAAUCAGCCUCUAGAUGGUAACUGUCUGCUAUUCUUGAUUAUACUUGGGAAAAUAUUACUGAAUAUCCUCACAUUAGGAAUGAGAAGAAAAAUCACCUAUCAAAAUUUUAUGGAAUAUUUCUGCAUUUCACUAGCGUUCAUCGAUCUUUUACUUUUAGUAAACAUUUCCAUUAUAUCCUAUUUCAGGGAUUUUGUACUUUUAGGCAUUAGGUUUACUAAAUACCACAUCUGCCUAUUUACUCAAAUUAUUUCUUUCACUUAUGGUUUUCUGCAUUAUCCAGUUUUCCUGAUAGCUUGUAUAGAUUAUUACCUGAAUUUCUCCAAAACCACAAAGCUAGCAUUUAAGUGUCAAAAAUUAUUUUAUUUCUUUAUAGUAAUUUUAAUUUGGAUUUCAGUCCUUGCUUACGUUUUGGGAGAUCCAGCUAUCUACCAAAGCCUGAAGGCACAGAAUGUUUAUUCUUACCAGUGUCCUUUCUACAUUAGCAUUCAGAGUUACUGGCUGUCAUUUUCCAUGGUGGUGAUUUUAUUUAUGGCUUUUCUAACCUCUUGGUCAGAAGUUACUGCCUUGGUACAGGCUGUUAGGAUGACUUCCUAUAUGAAUGAGACUAUCCUGUAUUUUCCCUUUUCAUCCCAUUGUAGUUAUACUCUGAGCUCUAAAAAAACACUCUUGCCCAAGUUCAUUAUCUGUUUUCUUGGUACCUGGUUACCAUUUGUACUACUUCAAGUAAUUAUCCUUUUACUUAAAGUACAGAUUCCAGCAUUUAUUGAGAUGAACAUCCCGUGGUUGUACUUCGUCAAUAGUUUUCUCAUUGCUACAGUUUAUUGGUUUAAUUGUCACAAGCUUAAUUUAAGAGACAUCACAUUACCUGUGGAUCCAUUCGUCAACUGGAAAUGCUGCUUCAUUCCACUUACAAUUCAUAAUCUUGAGCAAAUUGAAAAGCCUAUAUCAAUAAUAAUUUGUUAAUGUUGCCAUGUUAAAACUAAUUAAAACUGACAACUACAGUAGGAAUCAUAAUUUUACAAAGGGAAAGGACAUACAAAGAUUGAACUGAACUGAGGCUCCCCUCCCCGGCCCCAACUUUCAUACCUUUUCAGAAUGUGUCUUUUGGGACUAUGGUAUUAAAAACAAAAUAAUUCCAAGAAAAUUUUUUAUACCUGUUCAGGAACACUGCGUGUUACCAAUAUCAAGAAGUGAAGCGAGUUAGUAUUUGGCCAUACUGAUUUCAUGUUACCCAAAAAACUAGUGGAUGCAAACUGUUACGUAAAUCUGAGCUUCUCUGCCAGUGAUAUACAAAUGUAAAUAAACAUUUUUAUUAAAUUCAGAGCAAGAAAAUCAAGAUCAUUUUCUUAAAAUUAUUUGGUGUAAAUAUUCCUUCAACAUAAAGGGAAAAUUAGCUCAAUUUAAAUUUAGGUAAUUUUCAAAACUCUCUCUCUGUUCUUAAUACAGAUAUUCCUGGAAGAAAAGUUUUAGUUGCUCACCUUACAGAACUGGGGAGUAGUGACUAGGUCUCUU